UGCAACUAUAGUAUAAAUAGGUGCUGGGAGAACACGUCAUUCUCUUCUUUUGUCUUCACUGACCGUUCUGUUUGAAGUACGCAUUUUUAAACCGGUCUGCAGGUGUCAAGUAUUUUGCCAGUGACAAUGUGGCUCAUCACUUUCAUGCUGUUGGGGCUUUUAACGUUCUCUCUGGCUCAGGACAGAGAUCCUUUCCAGUGGCUUUCUUCCCUGCACAGUCGUGGUUACGCCUCUCUGCAGGCCGACAACACUGGAGGAGAAUGUCCUGAGGAGUGCGACUGUCCUCCAACCUUCCCAAUUGCCAUGUACUGUGAAAACCGCAACAUGAAAAAAAUGCCUUACAUCCCAUCCCGGAUGAAGUAUGUGUACCUGCAACACAAUCAGAUCAUCUCUGUUCCAGAUAACGCUUUUGGAAAUGCCACCAACCUUGUGUGGGUUAUGUUGCAUGAGAAUCAUAUUAACUCAGUGGGCAAGCAAGCGUUUGCUAAACUGGUGAACUUGGAUCGCUUGUACCUGAACAACAACAACCUAACAGAGGUGCCGUCCAACCUGCCUCGCUCACUACGUGACCUUCGUCUCAAUCACAAUAAAAUCACCAAGAUGCCCCCUAACGCUUUUGAGGGCAUGGAGAAUCUGACCAUACUUUUGCUUCAUAACAACGGUCUCCAGGAUAUUGGUGGUGGCCUGAAAGGUCUGAAGUCAUUAACUCUGCUGGAUGUGAGCAGUAACCAGCUCAAGAAGGUUCCUAAUGGUCUCCCUGAGAUGCUCCACCAGCUCUACCUAGAGUCCAACUCCAUCGAAGCAGUUCCAGAGAACUUCCUCAGCCAGUUCACCAAUCUAGAGUAUAUGCGUAUUUCUCACAAUCAUCUCACAAACAAAGGCAUCCCUCAAAACACUUUUAACAACAGCGGUCUGGUGGAGCUGGAUUUGGCCUUCAACAAGUUGGAGAUGAUCCCUGUUGUUAGUACUAAUCUGCAACAUCUUUAUCUACAGGCCAAUCAGAUCAAAGAGUUUACAUUGGGCAGUUUCUGCAGUGUGGUGGAUGUCAUGAAUUUCUCCCAGCUGAGAGUCUUGAGGCUGGAAGGAAAUGAGAUCAGUGCUAGAGACAUGCCCUCUGAAGCUGCCCUGUGUCUUCGUCUGGCUACUGAUAUUGCAGUGUAAUGGCAGUUACCAAUCAGCAGGGGGCUCUUUUGUUUAUUAAGUUACAGUGCCUUAUGAUUUUGUAUGAGAGGAAUCUAGUUUCCUGUGGACUUUAGAAAGAAAUACAAAUACUGAAAUGGGGAAAAAAGGAAAUUUGAGAGAUUUAGAUAGGAAAUGUAGAUCCUCUGUUAAGGUCUGAGAAGCUAGUUUAUGAUUAUUAUUAUUAUAUAUAUUUUUUCAAAAGCCUCAUAGCCAUUCCAAUAUGCUUUUCUGUGCUUUGUUUGUGUGCUUGUCUGUUGGUUAGAUGACUAGCGCUAAAAUCAGCAUUGCAAUUUGCUGUUAGUUUGGUGGACAUUUCAUUCACUUUAGGUUUGUGGAAGUCUAUGUCUCUUCAGGAAAAAAGUUUGAACAAUGCUGUAUUUAUUCUACAUGUGAAGAACUGAGAACAGAAAGAUCUUACUUGACUACAUUUAAGUCAUUUAAUAAUGUUAUCUGAUAUGAUUUCAUCAUGAAAAACUUAAUUUUACUCUUAAUACAUAAUCUUCCAUUCACAUCUGGGGGAGAAAAACUUUGAAUGGGUUGUGUUUUAAGAGCAAUGUAUUGCAAGUGAUCUAAAAAUGACUUCGGUCCUGGUGUUAAACAUACCUGUAGACCUUGUGGCUCUUUUUGUCCGUGUGUUAUGUAUUAAAUGCUUAAUACAUAUAUAAACAAAUCAUAUUUAUCUAGUUCUCUGUGACAACAUUCAUAUAUUUCUCUAAAUUGGCUCUGGUUCAUGCCUACACAGAAAAAAACAUUUCUAUAGAAAUCACAGUUUCACACAAACACAGUAAGUUACUAAUAUAAUUUGUUACUGAUAUCAUAGAUUACAAUGUAAUGUCUCAAGUUACCCAUUUAUAAGCAAUAUAGAGUACAUUAUUGUUUACAAUACAACCGGAACACAUUCUAAACUUGAGGUGCGGGAUUUAAGUCAACACUCAAGUUUUGACAGAUAUGCUUCUUAAUCAUUACUUAAUAUCAAUUUAUUGCUAUUCAGUUGUAAUUAUAUAUUGGCACGUCUAAAUUGAUAGAGUAUUGAUACACACAGAACAUUUAGACGGAUUGAGGGCUGAAUCAAGGAAGUAACCUUCAAAGAAAACGGACAGUUGUGAGAAAUGUGGCUUUUGGGCUUUAUGCCAUGAAUCAGUUACGUAUUAAAGCAAUUCAAUUUGCAAGUCAUGUGUUAUUAGCCUGCAAGUCUUAUUUUCACAGUAUACCCAGAUUUUGGAAAAUGUUUUGACCUUAAUGAUAGCGGGUUUUGUUUGAUAGUUUGUUUGUUUUAUGAAAGCAUCUUUUUUUUUGAGAGUCAUCGUGUAUUUGUGAAAUUAGGACUAUGACAUCAUAUUGUGACUUCAGUAAGUUUGUAAUAGUGUAAGAGGUUUUCAUCCCGCAACAGUUUGGAUGUGGUGAAUGCAGGUGACUCAGUGUUAUCAGUGUCUUCAUUUGGAAUAUUUCUACUUUCUCAGAACUCAGGACGCAAACAUUCUGAAUGUAGAGAUUAAAGACUAAUUUAGAUUAAAGUUUGUUUGUUUGUUUGUUCGCUUAUUUUACCAGCAUCACCAGGACCUUCUGCAUUGUAAACUUGUCAGCAAGGUGCUGUUUCACUCUGACAACCAAUGACUUGUUAGAGAUAUAGUAAACUCAAAUAAAUAACCUGAGACGUUCCUUGCAUGGCUCCCUGAACAAAAUAAAACAUCCUUAUGACC